GAAAAUAUUAAUAAUAAUAACUGGUGCAAAUAUUGAAGAAAUUUUCUUUACCUAACAAUUAAUCAGUUGAUAACUGUGAGCUAUUCUUUCAUGGCUGUUGCAGCACCUAGCUGCAUCAACUGUUGCUUCAUUACUUCCAAACCCAAUAGUUCAAACUCAACCACAAACUUUCCCUUAUCCUUUUCUUAUCCUAUCUUCAAUGGCUGCCACGGAAUUUCAGUGACAAGAACUGUAGCAUUUGCCAAGUUUGACAAAUUCCAAGGUGACCCUUCUGAAGCUGAUCUUCAAGAUAUCACAGCAUCUUCUGUACAAAUCCAGGAAGAAACCAUUGAAGAAGAAGAUGACAGUUGUUUGCCAUCUGAUUUGGUGGGAGCAGUGAGGCAAUCAGGUGAAGCAAGUGCCUUGUUUACAUCUUCAGGAGGAAUGAGAGCUAUUGUUGAGCUCUUAAUACCUCAGCUACAGUUUCUUGAUGAUGAAGGUGCUCAAGCUGAGCUUUGGGAUUUGUCCAGAAUUUUCUUGGAUACACUGAUUGAAGAAACUGGAGGCCAGAAAGUUAAAGCUAUAUUUCCAGAUGCUGGAGCUGCUGCAUUACUGAAGUAUCGAUGGAAAGAUGCCGCUUUCGGAUUCGCCAGUUUGAGUGACCGGAAGCCUGUGGAGAGCGAAGACGAGAUUAUUGUCAUGGUUGUUCCCGAUUACCAGAUGUUGGAGCGCGUACAAAGAAUUACAUCGGAGCUAUCAGAUGAUCCGCCUAGGCCUCUCAUCAUGUGGAACCCUCGUCUCAUAAGUGAAGAUGUCGGAGUCGGGGUUAACGUUCGCCAGUUAAGGCGAUACUUUUUACGUUCUUUCACGACUGUUUACUCAAUGAGACCUUUGGCAGCUGGUGCUGUGUUUAGAUGUUAUCCGGGAUUGUGGAAGGUGUUUUACGAUGAUAAAGAUAGGCUCGGAAGAUAUCUGCUUGCAAAAGAACUCGUGAGCCGUCCCGACGCAGAAGAACUCGAGAUAAUAUUCGGGAAUGCAGGAGAGAAGUCAGAGCAAGGUCCCUCAUUGUUUAGUCAAGCUGCGGGCAUUUUCUCUUCACUGAAUCGAUUCGUGAAAGCCAUUUCAAAAUAAUAUCAUCUUAUCGAGCUUCUUACGAGAUUGUUCAGAGUUCAAUGCCGGACAGUUUCGGAUUUGUAUCCGUUUUUAAGACUUCUUCUAACGUGUAUAUUGCAUUGUAAGGUGAUAAGAAAAACUUCAUGAUACAAUAUAAAUUCAACCUUCCUUCUGCU